AUGCAAACACGAAGUUCGAGCCAAUGCCGAAAAACUUGCCUGAAUUUUGAUUGGCCCGGGCCAAGGGCCGGACUAUCUGCAGGCGGGCGCACAAGCAGACCGACCUGGAGCGCUCAGCGUGGCUAUUCGAGCGUGCGACCUGGCAGGGCGGCGGGUGUGGGACCGGCAUGCCCAUGUGGGACCUCUCCCUCCGGCACGGCUGGGGCUGCUGAGUCCGUCAUCAAAGACCUCAACCAGUCCCGCCAUCUUAACAACAACAACAACCCCUCCGGGAUCCCCGCCUCCCCGGCGAAAUCAUCCUCCCCCCUCGAUAAACAGAAAGACGACGUCGCAAGUCCGAGCUCGUCCUCGCUAUCUACGAGCUCGGCCAAUUCUUCCUGCGCGGCUGGGGGAGCAAGAAGGAUAAACAGCUUGUCCGUGAUCUAUGACGUUGAGUUGGCGGCGAAGCUGGGCGACCCGGAUGCCCAACAAGGGCACCAAGAAGAUCUCAAGCUGGCAGCCAAGUAUUACCGGAUGGCGGCCAACCAGGGCGUGGAGAUGACGGGCUCGCAGUGGGUCUGGAAAGACAAGCUCCGCAUCCUCGUCGCAACCCUCGCGCUGGCCACCAGCGCAACGCUCUGGCUGCGCUGCCAACAGACCGACUGUCUCUCGCUCGCCGGCCUUGGCUAUUUGCUCAUCUUCGACGCCCUGGGCGCUGCUAAUGCUGUGCUCUUCGACCCCCGUCCGGACAUCGGAACGGACCGGCUCUGGGAUGCCUUGGGCCUCAGAGACGCCGGCGCUAGCAUCCGCUUGCCCUUUGGUUACGCUCCCCUUCCCCUAAUCCCCCUUUCCGUUACAUCAGCUGACGGUGCGAUCUACGUCUGCAAAGAAUCUGUCGAGCACAUGAUGAUCAGCCACCCGGAUGGUCCGGACAACGCUGGCAGGGGUGGGGGAAGCCAUGUGGGCCACUCGGAGCGCCACCAAUCCGAGAUGGAGAUCUUGUGCACGCUUGUGGGCUCUGCUAUUGGCCUCGUCCUCUUCGACGCCCUGGUCUCGCGCAACCACCAUGCAAUGGCCUUGAUCGCCGCCUGCGGGGGGGAAGGGACGAAGAGCGGGGGCAGCGAGCGGAGGUUGAACCCGUUAUCAACGCUGUUGCUGAGAUUUGGCUUAUUGGUGAUGUUCUGCGGCUGCUUCACCUCUCCAAGCCAGUCCAGGAAGGCCAAGCAACCUCUCCUGGCCAGCUACGGGCUUGAUUUCUUGCUCAAGUGCUAG